AUGGCAAAGAAAUUCGACAUUCGCGAUUGGAUUUCAUCGAUGAAAUGUUGUUCAUUGCUGUUUAUACCGCAUUUAUCAAUCUGUCUAGUCUUUCUUAUUUACAUGUUGAUUGGUGCUAGUAUUCUUCAAGAGAUCGAAUCGGAAGAAUUUCCAGUGAAUUCUUCGUCUGUCAAGCAUCUUCAAAAAGAACGCGAGCGUCUUUUGAUAAAGAUCAUCGAGAAACGACAAGUAUUAGACUUACAACAGUACACUCGUUAUGUUUAUAAACAUCUUCGUCAAUACGAAAAUGAGCUGAAAAAACAAGCGCUUGUUCAGGAUAAUUCGACAUUGAAUUUUUCCAAUUCAUUAUUUUUUCUUGGAACAAGUCUGACGACAAUCGGUUCGAAUGAAUUUAUUCCGAAGAAGAAUCUUGGUAAAAUCUUCGUAAUUAUCUUCACAAGCUUUGGCAUUCCAUUAACUUUGGUGUUCUUAACUGAUUUAAGUUACUUGAUUCAAGAUUUGAUCGAAUGUAUUUCACUGAUCUUAUUCGACAUCUAUUCCACGAAAUAUUUCCUUCGUAUGCGUCGAUUCGGAUUGUUUCAUUUCAUCGAAAAUCAAUGUCAGAAAAUAUUUCAAAACGAUCAAGAUAUUUUCGAAAGAAAUCUCACAAUUGCGCAAUUGAUUAUCACAUUAACUGUUUACAUUCUCUUCGGAGCUUGGUUUAUUUCCUCGAAAUCCUUUUUCGAGAGCAUUUAUUUAUGUUUCACAAUUAUAUUUACGAUAAGUUUCAAUCGGAAGAUCCAUGAUGGCAAACAUCUAUUUUUUACAAGUGUCUAUCUGUUUAUUGGUUUAGCCAUAGGAUUUUUAUAUGUCAAAGCAGUUAAAGUUCGAAUGGAACGACUAUUGGAAACGUGUGGCAAUCGCUUGUUGAAGAAUCUGAUGGAUUUUACCGAACAAUUAGGCUAUCAUGAUUUAAAUCCAAAUGAUAUAUUGACAGAUACUCAUAUCAGUUCGUAUCGAAUGAAGAAAUACGAUCAAUCUUGCAGUUCUCAUAUACCACGAGCAAAAUCUGCCGAACAACAAUCGUCGCUGCGUCCAGUUGGUAUUGCUGAACCAUUUCGCCGUCUUUCCACUGGAAUUAUUGGUCGAUUAAAAACCAUUGAAGGUGAAACCGAAAGUCACCUGGAUAAGAGUGUUCAAGUUACAACGAUCAUUCGACGAUGUGGUCGCUGUGCUGAUUCCACACUUCCCAUCCUGCCUGUGAGAAAACACAGUGUAAUUUCAACAUCAUCUUCGUCGAUAGCUGAUAGCAGUUCAGGACCUGAAGAUGAUGAAGCUGUGGAUUAUCCUCCUCCUCCUAAUCUAGAUCGCAUACGUCAAAGACGUGCAACAUUAGUAGCUAAAACGAUUAUUAAUCAAAUGGCCACACAAUCACAAACAUCAUCGAUCGAUGAUACCUUACCGUCAUUAACACUUCUACCGAAUUCUCGUCGUCGUGCGGUGAACUCUGCGCCCAAUUCAGUUACAUGUUCAGUGAAAGUAUCAGCCUCACCUUCGCCCGAACUACCGCGUAAAUAUGAAGUUAAUCAAGAAGAAUUUUCUCAACUCUCCAAACAAAUCGCAGCCUUGUUAACACCAAGUGAUGAUGAGAAUUGA